AAAUUAACAAACAAACUAAUUAUCAAACCAAACAAAAAGAAAAAAGAAAAAGAAUGGAGAAAAACAGUAUUUUGGUUGUGGUAGUGGUGUGCCUAGCACUAGCAGUUGGCAGUGCAGCACAAAGUGCAAGUAAUGUAAGGGCAACUUACAAUAACUACAACCCAGAAACUAUUGGUUGGAAUUAUUUCACGGCGAGUGUGUACUGCGCAACCUGGGAUGGUAACAAGCCGUUGUCGUAUCGACAACAGUAUGGUUGGACUGCCUUUUGUGGCCCGGCUGGUCCUACUGGUCAAGCUUCCUGUGGAAGGUGUCUUAGGGUAACAAACAUGGCAACGGGAGCCGCAGUAACAGUGAGAAUAGUUGAUCAGUGCAGCAAUGGAGGGUUAGACCUUGAUGUUAACAUGUUUAAUCAAAUUGACACCAACGGUAUAGGAAAUGCUCAAGGUCACCUUCAAGUCAAUUACCAAUUUGUUAACUGCUAAACCAACUACCUAAUCGAUCACCUCUAUACAUUAAUUAUACACCCAUUUCUGUUACUAUCCAAAAGCUCUGACCAGCUUCCCUUGUUGACUGGCUAGGCAGCUACUAUAUCAAUAAAGAAAAUAAACAUAAUUUUAUUAUACGAACUA